UUCACUGCCACCUGGUGGUCAGUUGUGUGACCAGCGUCUGCAUCUUGUGUGAAAGAUGGCGUCAGGAGUCCUUCAGAGAGUGAGCGGCGGCUUGGGCCGGGCUAAAAGCGGAGCCCACUCAGCCGGACAGCUUCUCGCUUGGAACAGAGUGUUUUCCACAUCCGGCAUCAACAGAGAAGACAGUUGGUUCAAAUCAUUGUUUGUAAGGAAAGUUGAUCCCAGAAAGGAUGCACAUUCAACUCUACUGACCAAAAAUGAGGAAAGCAACCUCUACAAAAUCCAGUUCCAUAAUGUAAAGCCAGAGUGCCUCGACGCAUACAACAAGCUCUGUGAGGAUGUUUUGCCUUCCAUCCAUGCUGAUAAGUACUACCCCUGUGAGCUGGUGGGCACCUGGAAUACUUGGUAUGGAGAACAGGACCAGGCUGUUCAUUUGUGGCGUUACAGAGGUGGUUACCCAGCUUUGACUGAGGUGAUGAAUAAGCUACGUCAGAACAAGGAGUUCACAGAGUACAGGAAGGAGCGUGGUAAGAUGCUACUGUCUCGCCGGAACCAGCUUCUGCUGGAAUUCAGUUUCUGGAAUGAACCGGUACCCAGAGAAGGACCCAACAUUUAUGAGCUCAGGUCCUACCAACUCAGGCCAGGAACCAUGAUUGAGUGGGGGAAUUACUGGGCAAGAGCUAUCGGAUUACGCCAGCACAACAGGGAAGCCGUAGGAGGAUUUUUCUCGCAGAUCGGCAACCUUUACAUGGUUCAUCACCUCUGGGCCUACAAAGACCUUCAAUCCAGAGAAGACACGAGGAACGGUGCGUGGCAGGAGGAAGGUUGGCACGAGGUGGUCUAUUAUACAGUCCCUCUUAUCCAGCAUAUGGAUUCCAGGAUUAUGAUCCCCACCAAGGCAUCGCCACUGAAGUGACAAGUCAUGUCGUGGCCCCAUGAAUGAGAGCAUCACGUUACGACUUACAGCCCCUUUUUCUUUAUAUCAUUGUCAUUUGAGGAUUGGGUCGGUCCAGUGAAAGACUCCAUCGUCUUAACAGCUGUAAGGACAUGCAGUAUGUAGCUUAUAUACAAAAGGGGGUAGAUUUUCAUUGGGAUUGGCACAGUGGCGUAGCAUGGGGUGGAUGGGCUUUCAAAUUAAACCAUUGUAGUAAUCGAAUGUACAAGGAAAGAAAAAAAAGAAAAAGUAAUCUAAUGUGCAUUUUCCCGGGUGUGGUGUUGACUUUAACUUCAGCUCGUUUCACGAAAGCUUGUUUCCACGUAUCCUGUGUGAACAGCACUGACACAGAAUGGCAGGGAACAAAGUCAAAGUGUCAGGGCUGUAACAGAGGCAGGACUACGUCUGUUUGACAAGUAUGGUGUAUGUCACACCAGACGCUGGGACAGAUGUCGCAUGUAAUUGUGGGACGCCAAGCAAUAUCCCGCUUUGCUGGCUUCUGUGUAAAAGGCACAGGCAAAUAAAUGUAUCUACUGUA